AUGAUAGACAGCGUCGCAUGGGCUACCGUCUGCACGUAUGGGGCCUCUUUGAGCGCUUUGGAUAGGAAGGUUUUCAGGGAAAUCAAGAACAUGGAUCGGGAUGCUUCUUACCUUGUUCUGGCACAUCAGGUCCUCUUUGCAGGUCGAAACACCCAGUCUUUGGCUUUGGAAGGUCCAGCCCCAAAACCAAACACCUUGUUCAAGCUGAGUGACCCUACUGCCUGGAUAUAUUCGCUCAACAAAAGUAGGCUGUACAAAACGAUUCAGUUUUUCCCGCUGCAUCUUUGCCUCACCCCUGCUGUUGGUACCGGACAUCGCUGUAGCGACGAAAACCCUGCAUUUCCCUUUAUGGACGAAAGUAUUUAUGAUCCAGAAUUUUUGGUGUAUUACCUUUUGAUUUUGCUUCGGUAUCACCCCUGCAACGUGGCCGCUGAUCGCAAGUUUCUUCGACUAUUCUUUUCACACCACUGCUUUGCUGUGUUGGUCGUGAUGCUUUCUUCAGAAUGUCCUUAUAUGCGAGAGGGUGCCUUCCAAUGUCUUGAUAUUUUUUCUAAAAGAAUAUUUCUCCUUCCAAAUAUCGUAAACGAGGAUUUUCCAGAGAUGCGGCUUGUACGAUGGCUCUCCACACUUGUACAGAAUAUCUUUUCCGAACAAGACCGGCGGGACGUUUCAUCUGGCAAGACACAGCUGGCCCCCAUUGUUGCAAGGCUAUUUGCCGAAUAUGCUAAUGUAUUAACGGUUGAAAACCAUCAGCAGCCAUCUGCUUUGUCGUCUUUGCCGAGCUUUUCGAUCGCUCUUUAUUCGGAGCUGGUAAAAAUUUUAAUUUCUCAUUCGACUUUGAUUUCGAACGACCUUCCUAUUUUUACCAAUUUCUGGUUUUCUACCAUCCCAGAAAGUGCGCCCGUCAAAAGAUCAUUCAUAUUGAAAAUCCUUCGCCAAGGAAUGAAAAAUUCGCUGGAUGAAGAGAUCUUUCGCAAAAGGCAUAUCAUCGAGCACCUGCUGGUUCACUUGCUUUCAAUAUCGAGCGCAUCUUGCUUGCCGGACAUGGUUGCCAUUCUCGAGGUACGAGCUUUUUAUUGA